CGUCACCUUGAUGAUGGCCAUUAUAGUCCUUCAAAACUGUGUAUCAAAUGCCUAGAACAUUGAAUUUGGACUCCAUAAUCAUUGCGUUGCCAAAAUGGUACGAACAGAGACUCUUCUCAGCGAGUACAUCAAUUUCAGCGAUCAGAAUGCUGGCUUGAGCGACGCAGAACUCACCAACAAAGAGCUCAUGUUCUACGGCGCCGCGGCAGUCAGCCAUCUCUGCAAUGAACAAGAGCAAGGAAUCAACAUCGAUGAGAAUCUUCAUCAAAGUGAGCGAUUCCGAUUCAUCCGAGAACUGGAUAUAAUCUCGUCGAUCUACUCAAUUGCCCCGAUAAGCAAGAAAGCGGGGAUCAAGUCAACGCCGCCCGUCAUCGCCUGGUCUAAUCGUCUUCAGACAGUCUUUCUGGGCUUCUGUUGCACCCGUGACAUGAACGAUGUCCGGUCUGAUUUGGACGUGCGCUUGGCAACGUCUGAUGAUAUCGGAUCGCGCUUCCAUAAGGGCUUCUGGAACCGAAGUGAGGAGUUUGUGCCGCUUGUUGAAUGGCUGAUGAGAAGGCACAAGCUGGUUGUUUGCGGCCAUAGCUUUGGAGGCGCUUUGGCGACUAUCUCGUCUUACCUAGCCAUGGUCAACCAUGAGCCGGUUCCCAAUGCCUGGGAAGAGAGACUAGGCGGCAUAUCCAUCAUCACAUUUGGAGCACCUUCGUGUAUGGUCGCUGAACCUCGAGGAACAACAGUUUCCCUUCAAAUGAACCUGAGCGGCAAUUUUCACCAUGUUAUCAAUCCUCACGACUACGUUCCCUUUGCACUUAACGAGAGCUCGAGGAAGUUCAAGCAGACCUUUGAUGCUCUGAGAACACCGCUGGGAAACCUAUCACCCACUAUCCAAAUGCUAUGGCCUAUUCUUGAGUACUUCUUAGACCUUUUGUUGCAGAAUACGGGCAAGUUCUGCCACUUUGGGUGUAUGUACUCCAUCGCGGCUGAAGUGCCAGGGAUCCAAAACUGUGUCCAGACUUUGCGGGUCAACGACAUACCUCAGAUACCCAGCGCAGGCCAAGUUGACCAAUACCACAAGAUGUCACACUAUUUUCAUUGUGUUAAGAACUUUGUCGGCGCCAGAAUUACACAUCAAGCCUCAUCAGAACUGCAUUAUGCGGUUUCCGACGCCUCAUCGAUGAUACUUCCGAUGCCUGGAACGGUGCUCAACUGCUCCUGUGUGGUUCACAGCGACCACUUGACCGUAUCACUCGACGUCGAUACACCUGUGAUGCAAUAUCUCUUGAAAGGAGCAACCUUCAAGAAGGAUAGUCAGGAAAUCCCUCUUACUAUUCUUGGGUUUCCUACCAAGUCUGAUCACUACCAGACUUCCGUCAAGCUGGAGUAUCGAAUCAAAGCCAAUGACCCCUUUGAAGACAUCGGAAAAGCUUCAAUCGCCAUUCAGAAAGGCAUCACCCUUCAUGAUAUCUUUGGGCGAUCUACAGACAUCGAUGUUGACACGGUAAGAUCGAUGAGCCUGGACAGAGCUAGUCUGCCAGCUACAUUCGAGAGUAUCAGGUUGGCAAUGAUACGUGCGCUCGUUGCUCAGAUGUCAAAGGUCCAGGCCCUCAGAACUGAUAAUACCUCUCGCGAUGCUCAUCCCCCAGAAGAAGUCAUGGCGAUUGUCGACAACAUCAAAGCUGUUGUGGGAUGCAUAGACGGUCUGGUCAGCGAUGCUAGUCCCCAUCUUGUCUUCAGUCGCCUUGGGCAUGCAUUUACCAUCCUGAAGGUGCUUUGGCCGAAGGACUUUGAGAUUGGAUCCGAUUUCCAUGCUUCUAUGCCUGGAGCGUAUGGAGAUGAAGAAUUUGACACUGGCCUUCUUCAUGAUAUCCCUGCUGCCUGCCCUAAAGCUCUUAGAAGGCUUAUUACAGAUAUGGUCAUCAGCCAGAACGCCCCAAGCAUUACCCGAGCUCAGCUUCUUGUCCAAAGUUGGGAAGCCGCCAAGAGACCAACAUUAACGAAGCAAUUCAAGAAGGUACCGACAUUUGCUGGAGCGCUCGAGACAUUCAGUCAUGAUCUAUAUCAUCGUUCAACAGACCGCGCAAGGCGCACAGAGCAAGCAGUCUCCCAGUUCCAAGACGUCAUGGGUGUCAUUCAAUUCUGUCAUCUUGUGAUCAUCACUCAACUUGACGCGCCCUAUGAAUGGUACUGCAAGUCCACCGAGGGCCAUCGGAUCACCUCAGCUGCUUUGGGUGCCUUGCCGUCUUAUUUCUCUGGAGCCUCGUUAUUUUCCAGAGUCCUAGCUCUGGGGGUGGGAGCGACUUCCGCCGCUGGAAUGGGCGUCACUGGUGGUAUAGCCGUAUUGUUUGCAAGCACCAAGGUCAUCAGUCACCUUCUCAACAAGCACAGAGAAUAUCUCGAUCUGUCAUUUCCUGGUGCUCUGGCCGUUACUUUACAGGCACUUGGCCUACCCAUCGCCGAGUCCGAUGACAUAGUGGAGAAGACCCUCCUCGAUCGUGUGAAGCAGGAUAUCGCAAGCUCACAUACGCUGGAAACGAUAGAGAAAUGGAGAGUCAAACUCGAAGAGGGCUUGAAAGACUAUCCUGGGGUAAAGGCUAACCAAUGGUGCAUCACACCUACCUUCUUCUGGCCUAAGUGGCUUUUCAGUGUUGCUCAAGUCGCCCAGCUCCGAAUUCAGCUUUCCGGCAAGAUCUGCAUCGGAGUACAGGGCUCCACAGAAGCUGGUAAGAGUCAAAUGCUUACUGUUCUGACUGGUGCAUCUGAGGACUACUUCAAACCUGGCUCCAGUAGUCUUUGCAGAACUUUGGGCAUUCAAUCCUACGACUCCAGUAACCUUGGAGCCAUUUUCCUCGAUAGUCCCGGUUUUGACGACCAAAAGCCAGAGAUCAAGUAUAUGGCGGAUGUAUUCCAAGAGCUGUUCGCCAUUGUAAUCAUUGUGAUCCCAAUGGAACGAACACGAUCUGAGGCCACCGAAAGCGCCUUACGCAUAGCUAUCAAGCUGCUCUGCGACCAAGAAGAUAAGCGCCCACUGCGGAUUCUGCUAAGCCAGGCUGAUGGUCUGGACCAUCAUCGCAAUAACAAGCAGAAGUUUAGGGACACCCUACGUGAUGUCAAGGAGCAGUUCAUGUCCAGAUUCAGACAAGAGCUAGGCGAGAACUUCACUACUUUCAGACAGCAGCCGUUCCACGAUGGAAUUGUCUGCAAAUCGGAGAAGCUGGAGGAUAUCGUCAAGCCGUUUUCGACGCAUGCCCAGAUGACUUUAGAUGGCAUUGGUGCGUUAGCAGAUUGUCCUCCCAAAACACCGUGUAAGAUUGAAAGAGAGAGUCACUUCGAGAAUUUGUGCGAGUUGGCUGAUGCGGGAGAGAUAUGGGACAUUGAGUCGCUGCGCUCCUGGCUUCGGGAUCUCUCACCCAGCAGCGUGCCGAUGUCGAGUGGUCGUGUGCGGGUAUACUGCGAUUAGUUUUGGCAGAUAGUAUUCCCUCUUUUGAGUAGCUGGAUUUCUAUGAUAAUUAUAUAUACGAUUUGCUUCCUUUGCGACAUCUUUGUCUCGCCUAAGACUGCCUGCAGGGCCCCCUGUU